CUAAAUUUCCUGCGUGGAAGGUGCGCUGUCUUUUGCUCCUCUUCUCGCUUUUCUCUCUCAUAAUUUUUCAUUUUUAAAGAUCAACAAAAGACAGCUCUCCAUUGUUUGGAACAAGGAAUUUUUCAGACGCAUUUCGCGUUUUGCGCUCUCUCCCUCUUUCGCUUCAGAUCAGAUCUGAUAUCGGAGGGUAGGAUUCGACGCCCGAUCAGUAGCACAUUAUUUAAAGGGAUCUUCUUUGGGAGUGACCAGAUAAUAUAAGGUCAGAAUGAAGAAGGCCUUUGAUCAAACUGUGCGAGACUUAAAGCGGGGUGUUAACAAGAAAGUUCUUAAAGUCCCUUCAAUAGAACAAAAAGUGCUUGAUGCUACUAGCAAUGAGCCAUGGGGUCCUCAUGGAUCACAUCUUGCUGAUAUUGCACAAGCUACAAGAAACUACAAUGAAUACCAAAUGAUUAUGGCUGUAAUUUGGAAGCGCAUCAAUGACACUGGGAAAAAUUGGCGGCAUGUUUACAAGGGCUUAACUGUUUUGGAAUACUUGGUUGCCCAUGGAUCAGAACGUGUCAUUGAUGAAAUCAGGGAACAUUCAUACCAGAUCUCAAUAUUGUCUGAGUUUCAAUAUGUUGAUUCAAGUGGAAGAGAUCAGGGAAGCAAUGUAAGAAAGAAAUCUCAGAGUCUUGUCGCUUUAGUGAAUGACAAGGAAAGAAUACAAGAAGUUCGAGAAAAGGCUGCUGCAAACAGGGAAAAAUAUCGGAACACAUCAACAGGCAGUAUGUAUCGACCUGGUUCAUAUUCAAACCCAGGGGGGUAUGGUGACAGAUAUGACGAAGAUCGUUAUGGGGGCAGGGAUGAUGAUAGAAAUGGUUAUGGGAGAGAGAGAGAAUGGGGUGGUAAUGAAGACAGAUAUGGCAGGGAUUCAUAUGGCCGUGAAGGGGAUCGCUAUGGUAGAGAGUAUGAUGAGCGUUACACCCGUGAUGGAUAUAGGGAUGAUGAUUAUAGUGGAAGAAAUCGGAGCAUUGAUGAAUAUAACUCUGGUUCAAGAAGUUCUGAGAAAGAGAGAGAUCAUGCUUAUGAUGAUGAUGCUCAAUACUCCUCCAGAGAAAGUGGUGCCAGGGCCGAGGAUCAGUCACAAGGAAGUGCUUCUCAUGGUGGGAUUGACCGGAAAUAUUCUGAGCAAAAUCUUGGUGCUCCUCCUAGUUAUGAGGAGGCUGUUGGUGCUGCACAGAGUCCUACACAUAUUGAAAGGGACGGGGAAAUUUCAUCAGCACAGCCUCCUAAAUCAUCAUCUCCUCAUUCAAGUGCUAGUCCAAGCCAAGAAACCACUGUGCCUGUCCCAACUCCUUCUGCUGGCUCACCACCAGCUCUGGCACCUGAAAACAAGGAUAUUAAUAGCUUUGAUGAAUUUGAUCCCCGAGCUGCCUUUACAGCUGCUCCCUCUGCCCCAACUACAUCCACUGGCAUUGAAAUGGAUCUACUUGGCUCCCUAUCUGAGUCAUUCUCCUCCAAUGCAUUAGCCCUUGUGCCUGCUGAAUCAACCAAUGCAACAUCCAAUGGUAAUCCUCCUAGGACAACCAGUUCUGAACCCACAUUUGCUGUAUCACCAGCUGCCAAUCAGGCUUUUGACGAUCCUUUUGGUGAUGGACCUUUCAAGGCUAUCCUAUCCUCCAAUGACAUAGCUGCUCAACCUCAUGCACCUUUUCUUACUUCCUCAAUUCAAAGUCCUGACAUUCCUCCACCAGCUUCCCAGAAGGUAGAGAUGGUAGGUAAUUUGGGAGGACCUCUUCCUGUUGCAUCUUAUUCACCAUCAGAUGCUUCCAGUGUACCACUUCAUUCAACCAACCAACAAUAUGCACAGCAUGAGUUGUCUACUUCUAACCAAGAAAUUGAUAUACUGGCUGAUAUUCUCCCACCAUCUGGGCCAUCUCCUAUUGAGUAUCAAGUCCCAACCAGCCAACUUGCACCAGAGACAGUUCCACUUCAAGCUGCUCAACAUAAUUCACAGAUGGGUUUUCCACCUCAUGCUGCUCCUGCACUUCAGACAGGUUUUGGAUCUCAAAAUGGCCCGACAUCUUUACAGGGUUAUUCUGCUCAACCUGGUCAAGCUGCAGGUGUGACAAGUUUUUCUGCUCAGCCAGGACUUCAGGCACAGACAAGUUUUCAAACUGGUCAAUCUGUUCCGCAAAUGGGCCUUUCUUCCCAAACCAGUCCAUCUCCAUCUAUGACUGGCCUGGCAGGCUUUCCAGCUCCACCUGCCCAGACACCACAGACAGGAUUUAUGGCACAGAGUGGUCAACCUGCAUCUCUUGCUGGUUUUCCACCUCAGGGGGGCUCUCUGUCACAGGCUGGGUUUCAAGCUUCCGGAGGCCAGUCCUUGCAACAACCAAAUGCUAGUUUUUAUGGGGGUUACAGUACAGGUCCAAUUGCCGCCUCCAUGAAUCCCCAUGUUUCCACUGUAGGAGUCCAAGUACCUUCACAGGUGACACCUCAAUCAUCACAAAUCCAAAUAAACACUACCCCUGCUGCCAUGCAGCCUAUUCCUUCUGCCUCUACUGGUUCUCUCACUACUAGUUCUCAGCCAGCUAAAGACAAGUUUGAGACAAAAUCUACAAUUUGGACUGAUACAUUGAGUCGAGGACUGGUUAACUUGAACAUUUCUGGACCUAAAACAAAUCCAUUAGCAGAUAUUGGGGUUGAUUUUGAUGCCAUAAAUCGCAAGGAGAAGAGGAUGGAAAAGCCCACAACCACGCCAGUGAUGUCAACUGUUACCAUGGGCAAAGCAAUGGGUUCUGGCUCUGGAAUUGGUCGUGCUGGUGCUGGUGCUUUUAGGCCUCAGCAAAAUCCAAUGGUAGGCCCAGGCAUGGGCAUGGGCAUGGGUGGCCCUGGGUCUGGCAUGGCAAUGGGUGGUCCUGGAGUAGGCAUGGGCAUGGGAGGUUUCAGAGGAGUAAACCAGCCAAUGGGAAUGGGAAUGGGAAUGGGGGUGGGGAUGAAUAGUCAAAUGAACAUGGGCAUGGGAAUGAAUAUGGGUAUGACACCAGGAAUGCAGAUGCAACAGCCUACAGGAUUCCCUCCCGGAUCAAACGUAGCUGGAGGUUACAAUCCUAUGUCUGGCACGAACAAUUACUAUGGCCAACAGCCCUAUGGCGGUGGCUACCGAUAAGGUCUACCCAACCCUUUAUGAAGAAAAUGAAAAGAUUAUUCAUGUUAUAUUAAUCUGAAGAUGCUUCCAGAGGAUGGUGUAUUGGGGUUGAGAGUUAUUUGACUUGGAGAUUUAUACUUUUUCGGUAUACGGGUAUGUAGUAUUCUAUCCUAAUUCUCUUCUGAGGUGGUCUUACAGUUGCUUUAUGUUGUCAUUUCUUGGAGUUGUAAAAGUUCUGUAGACAACAUGCUGUGUUGAUUUAUUCUGUUCAGUGUCGCAUUGAUGGCAACACUGCCUCAGGUUACUUGAUCUUCCAUUUGGUCUAUAUACACUAUACAUGUGCGUGUAAAAUUUUGUGGCACUGUUUAUUACACUUGAUGCUCCCCCGAACAAUAAAUGUCAUGAUUCCAUUUUUUACGUUCAAUAUAGUUUCUUGAGGUCUAAA